AAGCCGCAUUUGGGAGCACAUGGCCGAACUGUAGGUCACAUCUCUUCUUUUCUUCCACAGAUGUGUUCUUCUUAAAACAUAUUUCCUUCAUCAUUCGGUAUAUAAUGAUCUAAACAAGUCUUUCUUAUAUAAAACUGUCAAAAUGGGUAUCAAAUAUCUGCAAGAAUACAUAGAAACGCACUGUUCAAGUGCAUGUGUCUCGGUGGAUUUGCUGAAAAUUGCUAAAGGUUUUGUCCCGAAAAGGCGUGGCCGCUAUGCCGGAUCUGGCAGAUUCUGCUUAGUUGUAGAUGCUGAGAGUUGUCUGGAUCGCCUUUACGGUGGCUUCUAUUCGGACUGGGUCUGUGGAGGGCAAUGGAACCGAGUGACAGCGUUCCUGAACAGUCUCGUGCAGGCCUGUCAGUCUGCAAACAUGGAACUGGUUGUGUUUUUCAAUGGUGCAUUGGAGAGUCAAAAACUUUCAGAGUGGUUCAGCGAUCAAGUCGGCCAGAAGAACAAAGUUGAAUCUGUUUUUAGACAUGUUGACCGUCAGGGAAAACCUCCCCCAAAGGUGUGGUGGACCCCGCCAGUGUUUUUGACAGGUACACUGAGAAUGGCCCUCAGAGAGCUGGGAGUGGGCGUUGCCUGUUCCAUGGAUGACCAUGCCCAAGAGGUCAUUGGCUACUGCAGAGAACACGGUCUUCAAGGCAUCAUAGCACAGAAUGCAGUCUACACAAUAUUUGACCCACCUCGAUACUUCUCAUCACAUAAUUUGAAGUUGACAUACAAAGGUUCCCUAGAAACCAAAGAAUACAUUAUGGACGAGAUUGCCAAAUGUCUUGACCUGAACCCUAACCGAUUCUGCAUCUUUGCAGCAAUGCUAGGUAACCACAUACUCCCAGAUGAAGAUCUUUAUGAUUUCUACAGAGAACAAAUUGCAAGACAGAGCCAAGAAACUGGCAAGUCUCUUAAGCUUAAUCCUGAAUCAGCCAUAAAAUGUGCAGUGGAUUUUGUGAGAAGCUUGCCAACAGUAGACAACCUGGACAGCAUUGGGGAAAUGAUCUUCAGAAACUACAAGUCCAAUAAGCGUGAACUGAUUGCCAAAUUCAGACAGUGUGUACAGUAUUAUCUCAAUGGGACACAAGAUGGUUUCCUCAAGUACAGACCUAACAUGAUGCCAGGAGGUGGUCCACAAGGAAAUUACUCCAUGCAUUUCAUGCAGAACCGACAACAGUCAAAUGGAUCUGGUUUUGCUGGAGAUUCAAGUGGACCAGCACCACAGAUAGUUGUAGAUCCACCAACACAAAAUGCUGCUGUCGGCAACUUUGUUCCACCUUCAGGAGAUGGCAAACAAGAGAUGUUGGCAGCCACCUCAUCUUCAUCCUCAUCCAGCAGUGGCUCCAGUCCUAACAGGAACAGUCCAGAGGCAAGCUGGGGCAUGAAAUUCUCCUCACAGCAGAUGACUAAUAUUAAGCCAGCGGCUAAAGGACAGAAGCCCGAUUCCAAACUCCCCAAGAUUUCACCUGAGAUUAUGCGAAUUGCCAGUGAGCGUCAUCAGAAGGGGCUGAUGACUCCAUGGGUGUACCAGCUUUUGUCACAGGGAGAGGUGAAGUUCCCUGUUGCAUUAGAGGAUGAAGGAGACCGUGAACUCCCAACUGCCAUUGAACUCUACCGACCAGUCCGCCAAACUGUCUAUUCUGUUCUAUUCAACCUCAACAAACUCAAAAUUGACAACGAGAAACAGAACAAAGGUGAACUAGGCCCUAAAGCCUUUGAAGUACCGGUGAAAGAGUGGAUUGUACGCCGUGGAGCAAACAGACCAUCAUUUGAAUCAGUUGUAGCUGCUCCUGUGGACUGGAAAACACCCAGCAUCGAGCGAAUGUGGCUGGGAACUAAAGUGGAUGACAAGUCCCGACGUAUUCGGGCCUUCCUUACCUGUAUGUUCAGUGCCAACAAACUGAUGAUAAACACCCAGUAUGUUCCACAGCAGCUUCUCCUGCUCUGUUGUGUUCUCAGAUACAUUUUACAAUAUGGCAAGGUGCUAAGAAAACAGGAGCUAGAUGCUUUUCUUGCUAUGGCUGUAUCCCCACGCUUGCAUGAUGUUCAAACCAUGCAAGACCUCAUGUUACCGAGUGUUUCUCACCGCGGGGUUCAGCUGGCUGCCCUGUUUAUGUCUGGUGUUGAGACUGCCGUGUUUGCCAAUGAUGUAUGUGGAUCACCUAUACCCUGGAAUGUGUGUGCACCUUGGCAUUUCUUUGAUGGCAAACUUUUCCACUACAAAUUACUCAAGGCCAAUGAAAACUUGCCAUUGAUAGACAUCUGUGAUGGGCAGAUUGACCAGGUAAGGCAGGUUGAAAGGAUGCGCCAGGCCAUCAUGGAAGACUUGAAUGUAGAAUUCCCUCGUCCACACCUAUCCACUGCGGCCCUAUACUCCCAGUAUCCACAGGGUCCAUACCAGCCAUUUGGUUACCAGUCAGGAGGGCAUGGCCCAGGUAUACUUCCCCCUCCGUUCCCACGGGGUAUGCGACCACCACAAGCACCUGGCAUUCCUGCAGGCAUGGGUGUACCUCAGGCACCUCCAAAGCCACCAGGCAGAGGCCGUGGUAUUCUAGGACUCCAAAAUAAUGGCCGUUCUCCCGUUGAUACACGUGGGGGACAGUUGGAAAUAGCUGGAGUGGUUGUUGGAAGCUGGGGACCAAACCUAUCAGGAGGUCGUGGUAAUGGUGGCAAUGGUGGUGGUGGAAACAGCGGUCGAGGAGGACGUGGAAUGGGCCCUAGAGUCAUGGCUGUUGGCAGCCAACGAAGAGGCUACCCCAAUGGAGGAAUGGGAAUGCGCAAUGACUUCAACAUGAGAGGUGGAAUGGGAAUGCGAGGAGGAAUGGGCAUGCGUGGUGGAAUGGGGAUGAGGGGUGGAAUGGGAAUGAGAGGUGGCAUGGGGAUGCGUGGUGGGAUGGGAAUGCGUGGUGGCAUGGGCUUGCGCCUUGGAAUGGGGAUGCGAUCACCAAUGGGCAUGGGAGGACGUGGUGCUAGUAUGAUGUACCGUGGAGGAGGAGCUGGAAUGAGUAGACCUUUCAGGGGAAGAAUGGGGCCAGCAUUCUAUGGAGUUGGUCGAGGCAUGAGGAUGCCGGAUCGUGGGUACAGCAGAGGGCGAGGUGUUGUGAGAGGAGUAAGGCGGCCACAAGUUCAAGUUCGUCCAAGGCCAUCAAAACAGAAAUCAGGAAAGAGCUCUGUAGGCAAGGGUCGCGGAACCACUGUUGAAGCUAUGAGUGGUAAAAGCAAUGCAAUUGUGAAUGGGGAUGAGGAAGAGGAGGAAGAAGAAGAUGAAGAGGAGGAAACUGAAGAACAAUCAGGAGAAAUGUUUGCAGAUGCAGAAGAAGGCAAUAUUUCACCAAUUGGAAAAGGAAUAAUUCAAGACGGCAUUCACAGUCCUGAUAGCGGUAUCCAUGGAGACAAGUCUGUCACGGAUGUCACUGCCUAGACCACCUCAGGAUAACCCUGACUUCCCAGAAAAUAACCAACAUGAGACUCUUCCUAUUUUAUUCUAUAAAAAUGGAGGUGGUGUUGCUAUGGUACUAUUUAAAUCCAGCAAAAGCUUUAUAAGGAACACAUAUUGUUAUAGUCUUUCCAAAAGAUGACACAGCAAUGCCACUUCCAGCAAGCAUGGUGCCGGGUAGGUUGAAUCCAAUCUCUAAUAUAUUUUUCAGUUUUUCUAUUGUUUUUGUUACUAUUUUUCUCUUUAUACAUUGUUUAUAUAGAUUGGCCAACCUACCCCCAAAAUAUUUUUGAUGCAGCGUAGGACACCAUAGAGAUGAUUUUUCAUGGUGUCCUACCUUGCUGCCUCUACCUUCUCCCUUCUAGGAGCUCUUAUCAGGCGUGUCUGCCGAGAUGGAUCAGUAGAUCGCCUGAUAUAUGCCUGGUGUACACACUUGUCAUAAGGGAUGGUUUUUAUCUCUGUGUGUCGCUGCAAAUCACCAUGCCUGGCUCUGGCAGGGAGAACAACUUGAUUUUGAAGGAACAAAAAAUCACCAAGAACAAACUGAAAAAUUUACUCGAUAUCUAAGUGAUUUUUGCUCCUCCAAAUUCAGGAUUUAUUGUUGAAUUUCAUGGUAUUUCACCACUUUUGUGGUGCAAGUGCCUCGUUGCAUUUAUAUAUUGUCUGGCUGUCUUUUGACGCCGGUCCAUAAGUUUGUCGAAGUUGUCUGAUAGUGAUUGCCAGUUAGUUGCAGACGAACAGACAGACCAAUGGAAAGUCUGAACAUGUAAGAAGGACACUGCAACAGGGAAACAAGCAGCUGAAUGUGUGUCAAGUCAUGGUUACAAUGGAAGAAGUGGAUUAUUAUUUUUGAAUGCAUUUUAUACAGAGAAAAGUAUUAUUUUUGUACAUUCAUAUUUGUUUUUUUGUACAACAUGGACAGUAAGAGGUUUCUUGUGGAACAAAUUGAGAGUAAAGGAUGAGUAUAAGAUCAUGUCAACUUAAAAUUGGGCUCAUACAAAUUAAGAAGGAUGUUUUGGGCCUAUAUGGCUCUGAUCAGUCUCUCCUAGUCCUUGUUUCUAGCUUAAUUGUUGCAAGUUUAAACAGACAAGUUGUCAACCUCGAAAAGUGGGGGAACAAAUAAGGAAAUUAAGGGUUGGGGGGUGUAAACGGAUGUAUUUAGUGAAAGAUAGGGAAUACCAAUGUUUUAUUCAAAUGUUAGAAUACCGAUUCUGUCAGUGUUAUAUACAAGUGGUGACACAGUAAGGACAUGGUUGCUCCCAAAGCUACCUUAUAUACAAUUGUGAGAUGAUCACAGCCUACUUGUAUACUUACAUGGUUAACAAAUUUGAUUGUGUUUUGGGGAAAAUUAUUUUACGAGGUAUAAAUGAUAACGGUCUGUUUAUUUUUGCCAUUGCACUUGUUUGUGCUGCUGUCACAAUGUAUUGUAAGUCGUGUAUCCAUCGUCCAGCUUGACGUUCAAAAUUUCUUCGUAACCAUACUGCUCACUCAAUUUAACGAAAGACUGAAAGAAAUAAUAAAAUACCAGAAUGCUCUUUCAGUGUGCUUAAAAACUUGUUUUUCACAUUUCGGCUGCAGGGGUCACAAUAUUGCAUUCUGAUAUAUCUUAAGUGGGUACAUUUAUGCAGUCUUAAUGCUUUUGUUAAAGUUUUAAGUUUCGAGUUUCCAAAGCUUGUUCUAUUUUUUCAGAUAUAAAGAUUAAGCACUAGUUGAUUGUAGACACUCAAAACUUCUUUCAAAUAUAUGUAUAUAAUUCAACUGAAAUUAUGUCCAAUUUCUCCCUACUUUUUUCUCUGAAUAGAAAAUGCUAAAAAACGUAAUUUUGCAGGUAGAGAUCCUUUCCUUUGAAUCUGUGAUAUUUGGUGUACAUUGAGUUAUAUAUAUUGUACUUUAGUAAAUGUUGAAAAGUGAUUGGUCAUUGUCAGCAGGCGGAAAGAAGAUGAGCUAUGGUGUAUGACAUUAAAAACAUCUUCACCUAGCCGCUAUUGUAUGUACUCCAGAACCUACUGGGAUUGGGAUAUGGGUGGAUUUUAAGUUGCCAGGAACUCAUAAAACAUUCAGACUAGCUUGAUUUGCCUGUUAACAGUUGAAGUAUGGGACAGAUUUCUGAAACGGAUGUAUAAGGAAAUUGUUCACUUAAACUUAAAAGGAUAAAAAAGUUUUCAGAGAUAUAUUGAACCCUCCCUCCCCUCAGGUAGGCUGUUGGGCAGACUAUCCCAAUAGGAAGCUAGUCUGACACAUUAACCUCCAAUGAUCUUGUGUAGAUAUCAGGGGAAGUAGGAUGUUCGUAACGCAAAUGGUGAUUGGUGCUUAAGUAACCAAUCAAAAACCAUGUUAUAGAAUUGAUGAUAAAAGAAUAUUGAUGCCAUUUCUACCAAGAAAAAAAGGACCAGCCUGAGAAUAUCUUGUAGGUAGGAAUUAAAAUACCUUGACAUGAACAUACAUUUGAAUGUCAUGUGAAGAUCCCCUUGGGAAAUUAGAAGAAAAAAAAAUAAUGAAUUCACAUGGACAUUGAUCUGAAUGUCAUGAGAUAGGUCAACUUGAGAAAAAGCUAUAGGUCACCACUGGGUGUUAAAGAAAUGAUUUUCAGACACCCUUUCGACAAAAAUCUUAAUUAUUGGACCGACUCAUUGGGUCAGGACCAGCCUAGAAGACAGAGAAACAAAAUAAACGAUGCCUCUUCAGUAAUGUAUUUGACUAAUAGUUCAAGAAGUUUCAACCUAGAAUGGUAAUAAAAUAUACAUGUGUAUGUUAUUUUGCUGUGAUAUAUACAUGUAUAUGGGCUAACAGAGGCGCGAGUCAGACAUUCUAUUUCUGACAAAAUGAUAGAAAGCCAAAAACAGCAGGUUUCUAGUAGGACUUAAAGACCAGUGUGAAGCAAGUUGGUUUGCUGUUCAAUUCUCCAUUAACAACAAAGCCUGGGUGAUCACAUGGUCUUUCGUUUUGAUUCCAGAAUUGACAAAAUGGAAGAAUAGCUCCAUAUGGAGUAAUGACUUGGAAAUCAAGUCUUGUAAAAACAAUUCAUAGGGACACUUUUUGAAACAAAAAGAAAAUGGAAAAUCAUUUGUCCCGCAUGAUUGAUUGUAAUGUAUUAAUUUUUUCUUAUUAUUCUUAUUAAAUAGAAUUAAAUGAAAUUAUACACAUAUUAUCAGACUGUAUUAAAAUGCUAUUAUUAACUGUGGUGAAUUAGAUCAAUUUAGUAGUAAUUGUGAAAAAUGCUUGUAUUGCAUAUACAUUUUGAUGUAAGAAGCUGGUAAUUCGGAGCACAAAACUAAUUGGGGGUGUAACGAUGUAACAAAAAAGUUAACUGGUAGAAAUGGGAUCGUCAUAUAUUUGGUAGAUAUUAAGGAAUAUUUUCCAAUUAGAAUUUAAUGUCUUUGUUUUUAUAUUUGAAAUCAGGAUCAUAGUAAAAUUCUCUCUUUGAUUUUGUUUAAAAAAAAAACGGGGGCUCUCAAUUACUUGCUUCACUAAAUAUAUAAAUACAAUUUCGUUUGUGUGUUGAAAUACUGAUUAGCCUUUGAAGCUUGCUUUGUUUUUUAAUCCAAUAAGAUGUUAAGGAAGCGACGUCAUUGCACAAAUUAAUCCCUAUGAUAUAUGGGUUGUAAACAGAAUUUUCUGUCACUUAGUCAAUAUAUACUUCUUUUUUUUUACUUUUACCUUUUGUAUUCACCUCAAUUUUUCAUUGAAUUAUUAUCCAUGGUUGUUUCCUAUUGCCCCAGUUUGAAAAUGUUUAUAAAUAUUUUCAAAUUUUAUUUCUUCAGAGUGGCUUUUGUGGUUCAACCUUGUGAGAUAUAAUCAAUUUAAAUGAAAUUUUCUGUCUUUGUAGGCCGUUUUACACUAGUACUAAACAAAUGCAUGGGAAUUGUUUAACAUGGUGAAAUUUUCUAGCACAGAAAAUUUAAAAAAAAAAUAACUAAAAAAAAACACAAAUAGUGCAGUUUUAGAAAGAAUGUGAAAUGUUUCCAUUAUAUAUAAAUAUAUUGGGUGCAUUAUUUAAAUAUAUAAAAGGAUGAUUUUAAGACAUUGGUUUUCUGCUUCUAGCACAAGUAAGUCCAGAAAUUGCUUGCAUCUUAUUGUACUUAUAAGCAAUGUUUAUGAAUAUAGUAAUUCUUGUUUUUUCUGAAGGCUAACUAAAUGGCCUUUUUAUUAUGUAUGGAUACAUUUUGACUAUUUUUCAGCAUGUUAGAUAGAUAAGAAAACUCUGGAGAUGUAACCCUGUAAUGUAUUAUAGAUAAAAUGUACCCCAGCUUAUGUUGAUCAACAGGACUGGCAACAUGUUCACCACAAACAUGGUAAGCCAAACUUCAUAAGCUAAUAGGGUUAUCGUAAUGAAACAGGUUAUCAGUGUUUAUGAUAUAUAUUAUAUAGAAGCCAUACAAUAUGGGGAAUAUUUUGGGUAUAUACUAAGGAAAGCUAAAUAGGAUGGUUUCCACUUCUGCCCCUGGUGGUUUCCUGAUUUGUGGAGGAAAGACAGUGAGGCUGUUGAAGGAUGGAAUAGCCCAGGCAUUAUUGACAAUGGUAUGGACUGUCAUGUUUUUUUCAAGUAAAUGUUGUUUUUGUGGA